UGAUACUGAGUCACCUUUGAACUCUCUCUCUUUCUCUCUCUCUCUUUCUCUGACAUACACACACCACACGCAACACUCACACACAACUGCACAAGAGCGUAGAUUUAUAAAUGACGGUAGAGUGGAAGAGUUCAAUAAAGUGUUUGUAAAAUAUACAGCUUUACAUAUAUAUUGUUCCAACGAACUCUCCGUUUCAGACUAGAUGUAAGCAGCAUACAUCUUUCUUCUACUUCUUUAAAUUCCCAUUUCUUUUUCUCAUUGAUUUUCGUAGAUUUAAUGAGUGCGGAGGAAAUGGCGGCGCCGUCAGCUCAACAACCACAGUUUAUGACCAGUGGUGGGAGCAGGACAUAUCCCAAUGAAUCACUUAUUGAGAAUAUUGAAGUUGAUCAGAUUGUUGUACCUGAUAAAACGAGCUGGAAGAACUUGUUUGCAUAUAUGGGUCCUGGCUUUCUUGUUUCCAUUGCCUAUAUUGAUCCUGGAAAUUUUCAGACUGAUCUGCAGUCUGGAGCUCAGUACAAGUACGGGCUACUCUGGAUUAUAUUGUUAGCUUCAUUCGCUGCUCUUAUCAUCCAAUCCCUUGCAGCAAACCUAGGAGUUGUUACAGGAAAGCAUUUAGCUGAGCAUUGUCGACAGGAAUAUCCUAAGAUCCCAAAUUUUAUUUUGUGGAUUCUUGCAGAGAUAGCUAUAGUCGCAUGUGACAUCCCUGAAGUUAUUGGAACGGCAUUUGCUCUGGACAUGCUCUUCGGAGUACCGCUGUGGAUUGGUGUGCUGAUUACGGGACUUAGUACUAUGGUUCUUCUAUUACUGCAGCAGUACGGGGUAAGAAAACUUGAGAUCCUGAUUGCUUUCCUUGUCUUUACAAUUGCUGGCUGCUUCCUUGCCGAGCUUAAAUAUGCAAAGCCCAACUCAUCAGAAGUUUUACGUGGCCUAUUUAUUCCCCAACUCAAAGGAAGUGGAGCAACUAAGCUGGCUAUUUCACUUCUUGGUGCUAUGGUUAUGCCGCACAAUCUUUUCCUCCACUCAGCUCUGGUGCUUUCAAGGAAAAUCCCACGAUCUGUCAAUGGCAUCAAAGAGGCAUGCAGAUUUUAUUUGAUCGAGAGUGGUCUUGCUUUGAUGGUUGCCUUUCUCAUAAAUAUCUCAGUCAUCUCAGUAAGUGGCGCUGUUUGCAAUUCGCCAAAUCUGAACUCAGACGACCUCCAGAGCUGCCAAAACUUGGACUUAAAUGAAGCUUCAUUUUUACUCAAGCAUGUCCUAGGCAGUUGGAGUUCCAAGCUUUUUGCAAUUGCUUUGCUGGCAUCAGGUCAGAGCUCUACCAUAACUGGCACAUAUGCAGGACAAUAUGUUAUGCAGGGCUUUCUUGAUUUACGGCUGAAGCCAUGGAUUAGGAACUUUUUAACUCGAUGCUUAGCUAUUGUCCCUAGUCUAAUUGUUGCAAUCAUUGGUGGAUCUACUGGGGCUGGAAACUUGAUCAUCAUAGCAUCGAUGAUCUUAUCGUUUGAACUUCCUUUUGCACUAAUUCCACUUCUCAAGUUCACAAGUAGCAAGACCAAGAUGGGGUCAUAUGCCAACACAGUGGCGGUCUCGACCACCACUUGGAUCAUCGGGUCGCUAAUCAUGGGCAUCAAUGUCUACUAUCUUGCUGACAAGUUAGUCUCUUCUCUUCGUCAUAGCCACCUUAACAUCGUUGGCACCGUCUUUUGUGGGUUGUUGGGAUUCUUGGCUAUGCUAAUUUAUUUGGCUGGCAUUGGCUAUUUAGUCAUCCGGAAAAACAAGGAGGGCUCCCACCUUAUCGCUCUAACGGCUUCUGAAAGUCGUGACAUGGCCAACAGUGUGGGUGACGCAUCGGUGUAUACCCUACCUAGAGAAGAUAUAGUAGAUAUGCAAUUACCUCAAAGGAGGACUAGUGAUGAUCUUGAUUGAAGUCACUCGCUGACCUAACUAAGCCACAACCUUUUUUGUCGAAAGACAUUAGUGGUAAUAAUUUUGAGGUUGUUGGACGCUGAUGAUUUUUUCUUGACAAAUGCAUCUAAUCUUUAGAAGCUUUUUAUGACCUUAGAUUUGGUGCGGUGCAUAGAUGCUAACAGUUAGAUCAUGCAUGACAUCGACAUUGUUUCUAUAAAAAUCAUAUUCUGCUCCAA